AUGACUGAAGGCGGUAAAACUACAAAGACCCCUCCUAAGGUCAAUAUUGAGGCUAUUUGCAAGGAGUAUCCUAACUCAAAGGUACUACUGAUCUCGGUUCAAAGGCCUCGCGCAUUUUUCAUACGUACUUCUUGUGAACUUCUUGCUGGAGGAACCGAGGUUCUCAUCCUCAGCGCCCUUGGAGAUGCCAUACCUCACUGUGUGCAACUACAACAGGCCCUGAUUAUGAAACAUGUUGCUACAACCAUCAAGUUUGAAACGACACUGAACAAGUGUGCUAACUCUCGCGGUAAGGCCCCUGUUCAUGUCCCAGGCGUUCAAAUUUAUAUGCGUAAACACCCAGAAUUCAAGGGUUCACGUAUAUCACCAGCUUACGUUGCAUUUGCAUCAAAGCCACUACCCGGAGACCUACCACACUCAUUCAAAGCUGAUGCAGCAGAACAUUGUUGCAAGGUGAUUGCUGGUGACGUUACCUUCGCCAUGCCCGGCCAUGGUAGUGCACACCAUGUAUUCACCGAAGCUAUCAGGGCAGCUGGUCACAACGUUGACGCUUACCACAAGCUGUUCAAAACGAUGUACAAAGAGGCCGUUGAUGCCCAUGCAGCUGACGAAAACGUAUACACCGUGACCAUGGAAAACUCCGCUUUCCAACACCCUGAUCUAAAAUACGCCCUAUGUCGCCUACCCAAAGAAUACCAAUCCUUUAAAACACCAGGCGAAGGUGUCGUGUUCGUGUGCAUAUUCAACAAACACCCUCACGACAAUUUCCAUAACAUGGGCUUGAUUUAUGUUGUCGAACCGUCAGCUAAAAACUACGGCGAUGUCAACGAUUUCUACACUGCGUUGCACCUCACGGGAGAGAACCUUAUGACUAUUGUGUGCGACCACAAUGGUAUGGCCAAACGCGAUCCAACACGCUCACAACGUCCAAUGGCAUGUUGCUCAACUUAUCUCAUUUGUGGUGAUAGGAACCGUCAUCCGAGUGCCACUAAACUGGAAGUCGCAAAGAAUUUACUUAACGGUAUUGCUGAAGCUUACCGCCAUGGUCCCGCGUCUGUGUUCCACUUCGCUUACGAUGACGAUGCGUUCCGACACGCCUGGAUGGAGACAUCCGGUUUGCCAGCGGAGCCUAAGUAA